UCUCCAUCACUCGGAACUCUGGUUAAAUUGGCGGCGCAUUUUCUCUCUAUCAAAACCAUUCUCCACCCUCAGGCCGCUCUCCUCUGCUCUGCUUCGCCUGAAAACCUAGCUCGGAGCAACACAUCGCGAUCUUCUCUAAUCGCCGGAGAUGAACGACUCAGUUAUUUUGAAUGUUGAUGAAUCAGGAAACCCACAGGAUGCGGAUGUUCCACCUGUUGAAGGUGUAGCAGGAGGAGGGACAGCAUAUGGAUGGACUGAUGGUCGUUUUCAAGGUUCCAAUCCACUCAAGGGAUCAGUUGACCCUACAGAGGUUCCCACCGCAGAUUUAGUGCAUGUAUGGUCCAUGCCAAGCACAGCGAAUGUUGGACCACAGGAAAUGCCUAGACCUAUGGACCCUGUUAAUCUUCUGGCUGCUAGAAACGAGAGAGAAAGUAUUCAAGUUGCAAUGCGUGCGAAAGCUUCCUGGGGUAGUUCUGGAAUUGCAGGGGUUGUGCAGGUUCAGUGUAAUGAUUUAUGCUCCUCAGCUGGUGAUCGGAUGGUCGUUGGACAAUCAUUAAAGUUGCGUCAUGUAGUGCCCAUAUUGGGUGUUCCAGAUGCUCUUGUGCCCCUUGAUCUUCCUGUCAGUCAAAUAAACCUAUUACCAGGAGAGACAACCGCAGUUUGGGUAUCCAUUGAUGUUCCUAGCGAGCAACCCCCAGGUCAGUAUGAGGGGGAGAUCAUCAUUACUGCGACAAAGGCAGAUGCAGAGACUUCGGCCCAAUGCUUGGGCAAACCUGAGAAGCUUCAACUCUACAAGGAACUUCAAAGCUGUCUCAAAACUCUGGAACCAACUGAUAGGAAACCAGUGGAUGAAGUGGUGGAAAGAGCGAAAUCUGCAACUACAUCUUUAAGAAGUGUUCUUCUAUCUCCAGUGUUUUCUGAAUUCUUCUCGAGUAAUAAUGGGUCAGUUGAUAUGAUGGAGGAAGAUGUUAUUUCCAACCUUUCAGUACGGGUGAAGAUAAAUGUGACAGUUUGGGACUUCAUUCUUCCUGAAACUCCCUCACUUCCAGCUGUGUUUGGUAUAUCUGAUACUGUAAUUGAGGACCGUUUUGGUGUUGAACAUGGGACUGCAGAGUGGUAUGAGGCAUUGGAUCAGCAUUUUAAGUGGCUUCUUCAAUAUAGAAUCAGUCCAUAUUUUUGCCGUUGGGGUGAUAGCAUGCGUGUAUUGACGUAUACGUGCCCUUGGCCAGCUGAUCAUCCGAAAUCAGAUGAGUACUUUUCAGACCCACGAUUAGCAGCCUAUGCCUUGCCAUAUAGUCGAGCUGUCUCUGGUGGUGACGCAGCGAAGGAGUACUCACAGAAGCAAAUUGAGAUAUUGAAGACAAAGUCUCAUUGGAAGAAAGCAUAUUUUUAUUUGUGGGAUGAGCCUUUGAAUUUGGAGCAAUAUGAGUCCCUCAUCAACUUGGCCAAAGAGAUCCAUGCGUAUGCUCCGGAUGCUCGUGUCUUAACUACUUACUAUUGUGGGCCAAGUGAUGCCCCUCUUGCACCUACUCCGUUUGAGGCAUUUGUUAAAGUUCCCAAGUUUCUGCGACCACAUACUCAAAUUUAUUGUACAAGUGAAUGGGUGCUUGGGAAUCGAGAAGAUUUGGUGGGGGAUAUUAUUGCAGAAAUUCAAUCUGAAAAUGGCGAGGAAUGGUGGACUUACGUGUGCAUGGGACCAUCUGACCCCCAUCCCAACUGGCACCUUGGGAUGCGAGGUACACAACAUCGAGCUGUAAUGUGGCGUGUGUGGAAAGAAGGUGGAACAGGUUUCUUAUACUGGGGUGCCAAUUGCUAUGAGAAGGCAACUGUUCCUAGUGCAGAGAUAAGAUUUAGGCGUGGUCUCCCCCCUGGAGAUGGAGUUUUGUUCUACCCUGGUAAGGUGUUCUCAUCAUCAAAUGAACCUGUUGCUUCAGUCAGACUAGAGCGCAUCCUUAGUGGAUUACAGGACAUAGAAUAUCUCAGACUCUAUGCUUCAAGAUAUGGUAGAGACGAAGGGCUUGCUCUACUUGAGAAGACGGGGUUGUACUUGGGUCCUGAGCGGUACACGCAUGAGCAUUUGCCAGUUGAUCUAAUGCGGGGUGAGAUCUUUAAUGCAUGUCGGUCUUGAGAGAAGGCUAUACGCAUGAGGCCAAAGGACAUAGUGUACAGGAAUGGAUCUUUAAGAAUGCUAAAACUUAGAAACCAACACUGUUACAUACCUCAUAGAACAAUUGCAGAUCAUGAUAGACGGUUCAUUCUCCGCUCAUUGUGCACUUUCCUCAUCUGAACAGAGAUCCAGAUCUUCCUUUUCCAGCUGAGGGGAACCCUAGAAUUUACUUGGUGGAUGAAAUUUACUACCCGACUAGAUCUCAGAGUUACUUGUAGUUGUCACUACUGUAAUAGACAUGUAGCUUUUUGCCAUAUCCAACUGGCUUAGCAUUUAGCAUUCCUUACUUUCAGCAGCGUUUGUGGCAUAUCCUUACUCUGGACCCCGUUAUACGUUGUAAAUUUCGUCAGAGUCUCGGAGUUUUAAUCU